AUGUCGGGUCACGAGAACGCGGCGCAAGACAAGGAUUUGGAGAAGCUCAAGGGCAACGAUCACGUCGAUGCGCUUGAAGACUACUUCGAUCCAGUUGCAACGAAGGCCCUGGUCUGGAAACAAGACCUGAGGAUCGUCCCUCUGGCGGCAGCCAUCUACCUUCUUUGUUACCUAGAUCGUAGCAACAUUGGCAACGCGAAGACGCUCAAUGCUAGCCAGAAUGAAUCUCUUCUGCAGUUGACCCAUAUGACCAAUUAUCAGUAUACCAUCGCACUGAUGGUCUUUCUUGUUGCAUAUGCUGUCUUCGAGGUACCAUCAAACUAUUUCCUAAAGAAGUGUAAGCCGAGCCGAUGGAUUGCCUUUCUCAUGUUCUCGUGGGGAGCAUGCACUAUCGGCCUCGGAGGCGCGCAAAACUAUGCUACUGUUACCGCGGUGCGUUUCCUUCUCGGGAUGUUCGAAGCAGGGCUGUUUCCCGGCCUCGUGUACUAUCUUACGUUCUGGUAUCGAUCAGAGGAGCGUUCUAUGCGUGUUGCAAUUAUUCUUGCUUCAGCGACGCUCGCAGGCGCUUUCGGUGGCGCUAUUGCCUACGGUGUUGGCCACAUGAGGCUGGUUUCAGGGCUAGCGUCAUGGCGUUGGCUUUUCAUUCUGGAAGGCAUUCCGUCUUGUAUUUCUUCCGUGGCAGUGUGGUUCUUCCUGCCUGAUUACCCCGAAGAAGCGAAGUGGCUUACGACAGCCGAGCGCGAACUCGCAGUUGCACGCCUAGAAAAGGAAGGCUCAAAGGGCAAUGCCCCAUCGUUGACUUGGGAGACUGCAAAAGAGACGAUACUAGAAGGCCGUCUCUGGAUCCACUACAUCAUCUACUUCGGCAUCUCCGCGCCCUUUAGUUCGCUCUCGCUCUUCACGCCAACAAUCACAGCAGGUCUUGGAUAUGAGAAUUUGCAGGCACAGCUUAUGACGAUUCCUCCGUACGCCGUUGCAUACGUUGUGAGUAUUGCUACUGCAUGGUCAUCAGAUCACUUCAACGCCCGCGCUUUGCAUUCAGCCGUGCUCUCAACCAUUGGCGCGAUUGGCUUCCUCGCCUCUGCUCUUCUUCCUGCAGACAGCUAUCAUGCCCGCUACGGCUGCCUCAUCGUCGCAGCUAGCGGUGCCUUCUCUUGCAUUCCCCCGUUGCUUGGUUGGUUGAGCAGUAACAUGCACACGACAGCAGGAGCUGGGCUUGCGAUCGCACUGAAUGUAUCUUGGGGUGCUCCAGGUCAGAUAUUAGGCGUAUGGAUCUACAAGGCCGACGAGAAAGAGAAGGGGUACCCGACAGGGCAUUGGACGAACUUCGCUAUGCUGCUCAUGGUCGCCGUUGGGUGUGUUGGAAUGAGGUUCUACUACCAAUGGAGGAACAGAAAGAUUAAGAGCUUGGGGCCUGAUGCAUCGGGGGUCACGCGUGAGUUCAGCUACUGAAAUACGAUGGACAGUGCAGGAGCACAAUCGUAAUCGAUGUCGUGGUACACUAAGAAUGCCGAUGGAGCGCCUCCGUCAUGUCUAGCAACGACUGAGACCGAGUCAUAGCCU